CACGACUGGGAGGGUGUACAUACGCACACACCUACACAGAUAGACAGAUUGAACGAGCGCGGAGUAAUUGACCGCAAUAGUUUUGAUCGGGAAGAAUUAAAUAAUGAUGGAGGUGACGUUGACGGUAAAAACGACGGUGGCGAUAGCGGUGAUGGUGGCGAUGAUGAUGUUAGGGAUGAUAUGAGAUAG